UUUCCGUCUAAGGGCAACUGUCUUUUUUGUUCCAGCUACUUUGUUGUACCUUAAGCGUGAUUUUCAUAUUUUAAAGUAUAACCAUUUCGUCGUAGAAUUACAAGUCCUUCUUGUCUUCCAGGGCACUGUAACUCUUGAUGGGCAGUGUAUUCCUUUUUUCCAGUUGUGACUUCUGGGUUCGAGUUUGCUCCCUGUGAUGGUACCUAAUACAUCUGCUCCCAGUGUUUAAGGUUCCUACGUGCGCUUCUCUCCACUUGUGAGAGGGCCACCACGUGGAAUUCAAAGAAGAAAAAUCCACCCUCACUAUCAGCCUGGCUGUCACUUUUGGAAGUUUCGUUUUAUAUCUUUCUAAUGACGUGAAACACCAGCAUCGCUGAUUAACUUCGGAAGAAGGAUCGAGUCUUCGCAGGGAUAAUAGAAAUAGUGAAGACCACUUUCAAAUGUAAAACGAAGAAACCAAGCCGUAAGUGUGAACAGUUUUACUAUGUCUGGAUAUAAUAAUAUUAAGCUGUCCAGCAGCUUGCCACAGCUGCAGAAUUUAAUUAAGAAAGAUUCUUCGUCCUACACAGAAGAAUUUCUUCAGCAGUACCAUCACUACCAGUCUGUUGUUCGCGUUUUCAAACUUCAGCCUGAUAAGCCCAGCAAAGAGUUAGCCGAACUCGUUAUGUUCUUGGCUCACGUUAGCCAGUGUUACCCAACCCAUUUGUCAGCUUUUCCGCAAGAGCUUAAACAGCUGCUUCUCUGUCACCAUUCAGUACUUAAUCCGGAAUUGAGAAUGACUUUUUGCAAAGCUUUAAUUUUAUUGAGGAACAAGGGCCUGAUUAAUCCAACAGAUUUAUUAGAGCUCUUCUUUGAACUUCUGCGUUGUCAAGACAAACUUUUAAGAAAAACUCUAUAUAUCCAUAUUGUGACUGACAUUAAGAAUAUUAACGCAAAACACAAAAACAACAAAGUCAACACGAGCCUGCAAAAUUUUAUGUAUACAAUGCUGAGAGAUGGCAAUGUGACUGCAGCCAAAAUGUCGCUUGAUGUUAUGAUUGAAUUAUAUAACAGAAAUAUUUGGAAUGAUGCAAAAACCGUAAAUGUUAUUACUACUGCAUGCUUUUCUAAAGUCACAAAGAUCCAGGUCGCUGCUUUAAAAUUUUUCUUGGGCAAAGAUGAAGACCCAAAACAAGACAGUGACUCUGAAUCCGAAGAUGAUGGCCCUUCGGCAAGAGAUAUCAUCAUGAGGUAUGCAACAGGAAAGAAAAAUACAAAGCACAAGAGAAAACUGGAAAAGGCAAUGAAAGUUCUCAAGAAGCAUAAAAAGAAGAAGAAGAAAGAAUUGUUUAGUUUCUCAGCAAUUCAUCUGAUACACGAUCCUCAAGAUUUUGCAGAGAAACUUCUACAUCAGUUAGAACGUUCCAAAGAAAGAUUUGAGGUGAAGAUUAUGUUGCUGGACCUCAUUUCACGAUUGGUUGGUAUUCAUGAGCUUUUUCUUUUUAAUUUUUAUCCAUUUGUGCAAAGGUUUUUACAGCCACAUCAGCAAGAAGUAACAAAGAUUCUACUGUACACUGCACAAGCUACACACCAUUUGGUACCCCCUGAGAUUAUCCAGCCUGUUCUGAGGACAAUAGCCAACAACUUUAUUACUGACAGAAAUUCUGGAGAAGUUAUGACCGUAGGGAUUAAUGCGAUAAAGGAAGUAAGUUCCAGAUGUCCUCUGGCUAUGACAGAAGAGCUUCUGCAAGACCUUGCUGAGUACAAAUCACAUAAAGACAAGAAUGUAAUGAUGGCUGCAAAAACUUUAAUAAACAUUUUCCGAUCCACAAAUCCACAAAUGCUGAAUAGAAAGGAUAGGGGUAAACCAACAGAAUCCUCCAGGGAUGCUAGAGUUCUUGAGUAUGGAGAACUAGAUGCAAAAGACUACAUUCCUGGAGCUGAAGUACUGGAGGAUGAGAAAUCUGAAAAUGAAGUAGAAGGGGAAGAAGGCUGGGAAGAUGUUAGUCUGAGUGAAGAUGAAGAGGAUGAUGGUGAAUGGAUAGAUGUGCACCAUUCCUCAGAUGAAGAACAGAAGACUGGGGAGGAAAAUGUGAAGACUCUGUCCUUAGAAGAGCAAAAGGCUAAAGCAGCUUCAAUUAGUAUCAGUAGACUGUUCACACAAGAUGACUUUAAGAAAAUUCGCCUUGCACAAAUGAGUAAAGAAGUUAGAUUUGCUUCAAGUAAAGUGCAAAAGAGGAAAAACAUUGAAAUUACAGAUGAUGAAGCAAACCGAGGGGAACUGCUUUCUUUACGUGACAUUGAGCAUCUGCAUAAGAAACCAAAAUCUGAUAAGGAGACAAGAUUAGCAACAGCUGCAGCUGGGAAGACUGAAAGGAAUACAUUUGUACGAAAGAAAUCCAGACUGAACCCAUUUGCUAGCACCACUAAUAAAGAGAAGAGAAAGAAAAAGAACUUUAUGAUGAUGAAGUACAGUCAGAACAUCAGAAUGAAAGGCAAACGCUCUUUCAGGGACAAACAGCUUGCUUUACGGGAUGCUCUUUUGAAGAAAAAGAAGUUGUUAAAUUAAUCACAGUGAAAUAUGCAGAUGCCAGCAGUGGAAAUUACUUUGUAAUGUCAAACUACACCUGUUUUAUGGUGCUUUAUGAACUUGUUUCCUUUUCUGUUUACUUAAUUGCAAGCUAUAAUGAUUCCUGGUCAAAAAAAAAAUUGUUUGUUGAUUGAGAAGUUAAUUUGCAACUUACACCCUGAAAAUUUGCUUACUUUUGUCAUUGCUAAUACAUAUGCUAUUAAAUAGCUUUAUUGCAGGUAUAUUCUUGA